AUGAGUGAAGAACAUCCCCAACCCACCGGGUCUGCCCCGACAACAAAGACCCUCACGGCUCGUUGCUACUGCAAAGCCGUCCACUUCACCCUCACCCUCCCCACCUCCUCUCUCCCCCUCAAAGUCCACCUCUGCCACUGCAGCAUCUGCCGCUACACCCACGGAACCCUCUGCAUCUUCCACGCGCCCCUCCCGUCCGGCGUAUCCCCAUCCUUCGUCGCCCCGUCCUCGCUGUCAUCCUCACUCACGGCCUAUCGCCACGCAACGGCCUCGAGCACGCGGUACUUUUGCAGUACGUGUAGCUGCCACAUCGGAGACGUGGGCGUCGACGACGACGAGUGGGUUAUCUCGACGUCCAUCUUUGACGCAAACCAGAAUGAUGUACCCGCCGUCUGGGAUAUACGGUCUCACGUCAACACGGCUUCGGCGCCGGGCGGUGGGCUAUAUGAAUGGCUUCCAGCGGUGAACGGCAAAGAGAUGAACAUCUGGAACCCCAAGAAAGAUGAAUCUGAAGCCGCAACGACAACACACGGGCGAGAAGUCGGGGUAGACGGAGAAGAGGUCCUCCGUGCGCAGUGCCACUGCGGCGGCGUGUCCUUUACAAUCUCCCGCCCCAAGGCUUUCAUGCUCGAGGACAAAGCCUACGAAGCCUGGCUCUCGCCCGUCGACUCCAGAAAGUGGCCAGCUUGCGUAGACGCCUGUGACGACUGCCGGCUCCAAACGGGUGUUCACGCCAUCGCCUGGGUCUGCAUCCCCGAGACCUGCAUCGCGCCUUCCGUGCCCGAGGAUCUCCAGCUGGGAGGGACGGCCAAGACAUUCAAGUCGUCUGAGAACGUGUGGCGGUCGUUUUGCGGGACGUGUGGUGCGAGUGUGAUGGCGUAUUUUGGGGUGAAUGGGAGGAGGCAGAAGAACGGGGAAAGGUUGGUGAACCUCGCUGCUGGGAUUCUGAGGGCGCCUGAGGGGUGUCUGGCGGAGGAGUGGGUUACGUGGAGGACGGGAAGGGUUGCGUGGGCGGAGAGCGGUAUGAGGUAUGAUGCUGGGGUAACAGAGGAGUUAGGGGAGGGGAUGGCGAGAUGGGGGAGGGAGAGGCAUGGCGAGGCUUGGGGGUUUAAUAUUGGGUGA